UCUAUUAAACUCCGGGCAACACACUAAGCAAACAUUGCGUCAAAGGAGAACUGUGAAGGGGAAGAUGCGACUGUCCCACUCAAAUUGAUUGUCUUCACCUCUCCACGUCGCCAUGGGUCUUCGAGGAUCCAAGCUACCCGAGGUCCAAGUCCUCCUGCUGGGCCUGGACAACGCCGGGAAGUCGACGCUCCUCUACAAACUGAAGCACGACGCGUGUGUCAGCACCGUGCCCACUAUCGGCUUCAACGUGGAAAUGCUGGAGACGAGAAAGAGUGGGAAGAACAUCGCCCUGAUCCUGUGGGAUGUGGGGGGUCAGUGGAAGAUGCGGGAGCACUGGAGGAGCUUCCACCAGGACGCAGGGGCCGUGGUGUUCGUCGUGGACAGCUCGGACAGGACGCGUCUGGAGGAGGCGCGCAGGGAGCUGGACAGGACGCUGAGGAGCGAGCAGCUGACGGGACGUCCUCUCAUUCUGUUCGCCAACAAACAGGACGUGAACGGAGCUCUGACCGUCACGGAAAUCAAGGACAAGUUCAACCUGGGGAAGAUGUGUCACGGGCGGGACUGGUUCGUCCAACCUUGCUCGGCGUCCACGGGAGUGGGAGUCCAAGAGGCCUUCAGACGAGUGGUCCAACUAGUCAAAUUCCCAUCAGAACCCGGGGCGAUGAAAGACAACAUCAAGGAUAAAGUGCACUACCUCAAAGCAAGCAGCAGACAUUGAGUUGUAUUUAUUUAAAUGUGUUAAUUGUGUUUUACAUUGAAAGUCCUCUAUGUCAAAGGCAAAUGAUAUUUAAAGAGAUGUGACAUUUUGCUUCAGUCUGUAAAUAAGAACAAUCGCCCGCCAAUAAACUGAACAAAGAAGAAGUCAUAAAUAAGAGUCGCAAGUGCAACUAUAGACUUUUGCAAUAAACAUUGAUUAAAAUAAAA